AUGACUAGAAACUCCAGAAACUCUAAAGUAACUUUUAAAUCUGGAGAUGAGUACGAUGAUGAUGAUGCCGUCUCUUAUAGAGAGUCUCGUUCAAGUUCUAAACCAGAAUAUGCUGGAGACGAAGACUUAAACGAAGAUGACAGGGAUGAGGAGUACCAUGAAGAAGAGGAUUAUGAAGACGAAGAGGUUGAUGAUCGUAGAAAGAGAACUAGUAGACAUCAAAGUGGGAAAGAUUCUGAUUGUAACGAUGAAGAAGAUGAUGCUGACGAGGAUGAAGGCGAAGACGCUGAGGAAGACGCUGAGGAAGACGCUGAGGAAGAUGGCGAGGAAGAUGGCGAGGAAGAUGGCGAUGGUAAUGGUGAUGAAGAUGGUGAUGAAGAUGGUAGAAAAGUAAACUAUGAAUCAUCGAAGGAUAGAAAAUCUAGUACAUCACCUGUUAAAUAUCCAGAACAUAUUCCAAUCAAACCAGCUCCAACUAGAGGGCGGCCUCCUAAGAGAAGGUUUGGAAGAAGCUCUUCUCCUGAUUUGACAAAAGCAGGGCUGACUACAAGUAUUCCCAGCAACAGUAAAAGGCCGCGCCUACCAUAUCCUGUUGAUGAUAAGGGUAAUCCGUUACCUGUUUUAAACGACGAGUAUACCCUCCCAGACGAUCCUGAGGGGGAAACCAAAAUCAACAAAUAUGGAGAAUUGUUAGGCGGAAGGCAGUUUGUAGUGCGGACAUUCACGCUUACAGGAAGAGGCAAAAUGAAAUACAUGCUUUCCACAGAACCAGCACGUGCAGUGGGAUUUAGAGAUUCAUAUCUAUUCUUUCAAUAUCAUCCCAACCUCUUCAAGCUUGUUAUUUCCCAAGAAGACAGGAACGAUCUGAUAGACAGAGGCGUUAUCCCUUACUCCUAUCGUAGUCGAUCUAUUGCACUUGUUACUGCGAGGAGUGUGUUUAAGGAAUUCGGUGCUAAGAUAAUUGUGGACGGUAAAAACAUCACUGAUGACUACUAUGCAACGAGUUUACGUGCCGAAGGCAGGGUUGUAGAAGGUACAUACGCUAGAGAACCCAUGUCAAAGAUACCUGGUAAGACCGGCGAUGGAUCAGAAUUUUCUCUUUCUCACAUUAACCCAGCAAGAAAUGCUGUCGAAUUUUUCGAUAAGAAGAAUCAUAACAUAGCACCAGGAAGCAAUAUUAGUGCUACUAAUUGGCUGUAUCAACAUGCUGCCGCCUGCAGCAGGUUCAAUAGUGAUCUUUUUUAUGACCGAGAACGUGUAUUGCUUAUAGAGAAUCUUGGCCUAAGAGACCCUUAUACAAACACGCUGCACCUACCUCAAUCUACGCAAUCUGUAAAGGUACUGGAAUAUCGCAGGACUGAGACACAAACUGAUAACAUAGUUUUCGAAACAUAUAUCAAAGAUAAUGAUCUCGCUAGACGAAAAACAGGACUCGCAAAUGUCCCGUUAGAAUUGUUUGAUGGUAUCUUAAGUGAAGAGGUAAAGCAAGCAAUUCUUGACCAACAGAAUUUUGAGAGAGCUAAAUAA